CUUGCUUUCCAUCCAACAACGAGAGAUCCUACGUUAUGCAAGCACUAACCCUCGCUAAGCCAGUGACGUCGACGUCUCCGAAAUAUGAUCCUCUUGAAUUGAAAACUCUCCCUGUGCCGACUCCCAGUGCUUCAGAAACCCUCGUCCGCAUUCACGCGGCCGCAUUAAAUCAUCGAGAUGUGUUUAUCCGCCAGGGAUUAUAUCCGAAGAUAAAGUAUGGAAGCAUUCUGGGGAGCGACGGAGCGGGUGUUGAAGUUGAGAGCGGGAAGAGGGUUUUGAUCAACCCCUCCAUGAAUUGGGCGUCAGACCCGAGGGGUCCUGAACAACCUGAAAAGUAUGGAAUGCUCGGCCUUUUACCUUUUCCAGGAACAUUUGCGGAAUACAUAUGCAUACCAAAAACUCAAGUCCAUCCGAUUCCUGCACAUUUGACUUUUACUCAGGCAGCAGCCCUUCCUCUAGCGGGCCUAACCGCUUGGCGAGCCACUAUGACUAAGGGUCAAGUGCAACCCCACUCCACGGUAUUGAUUACCGGGGUUGGAGGCGGUGUGGCCCUUUUUGCAAUGCAAUUUGCUGUGGCAGCUGGAGCAAAGGUAUUCGUUACAAGCUCCGACCCCGCCAAGAUUGAGAAGGCAAUCGAAAUGGGGGCAACGGGAGGCGUCAAUUAUCGUGAAGAGAAUUGGGCGAAAACCCUUCUAACCCUCACCGGAGGGCAAGUUGACACAGUCAUCGACAGCGCGGGUGGAGAAGCUUCUCUAGCGGCAUAUCUGAAGCUUCUUUGCGUAGGCGGCAAGCUCGUAACUUAUGGCGCAACGGUCUCGCCCACAGCUUCCCUCCUAUUACCCACUGUUUUUCUAAAACAGAUUUCCAUACUCGGCACUACAAUGGGCAACCAGGACGAAUUCAAAGCGAUGUUGGAAUUUGUGGAACGUCAUCGAAUCGUACCAGUCGUAAGCGACGUGUGGGAGGGCUUGUCGGAAGGGGAGGGCGCGUUUGAGUGUAUGAGAAAAGCAAAGCAAUUUGGAAAGCUCGUUAUACGCGUCCGUCCGGACGAUGAUUCCAAUGGGCCAAAGCUUUGAGCUGCCAAAGCAGCAGGAAUUGUAUCCUUCUGCAGAGUUUGUCACCAUCAAAGAUCCUUAAUUGUCUCCCGUUAGUAGAGCAUCGUGGAGUAUAGAUGUUGGCAGCAAGACAUCCAAAUUAUGGCAUCAAUUAUAUUAUUGGAGUGAAACCUGUUAUGAGAUUGGGUAUUCGCCCUUAAAACUAUUUGGAGCAUUACUUUAGUGCAUGCUACAAGGAAAAACUGUCAAUUACAAUAGUGGUAUAGUCAAUACUGGUAUACGAGUGAAAACCCAGUGAGGUAAAAACAGGGUCGAUCUCCAACCACUUCGUGACGC